AUGGCAAUUUCCGUUAAAUCUCGCUCCCCAGUCUGCACAGCUGGGUUCAGAGCAGGCGCUGCUGGUGCAGCCCGGUGCCCUGCAAGAACGGCUCUGCCCCGACAAACGCAGCCGCCCGCCGAAAUCGUCCCGGGGCACCCUGCAGGAAAAUCCCACACUGCGUCCACGCCCGAUCCCGGCGACGGCCCCGGCGAGCCGGCGAGUCCCCCGGGCAAGUCCCCCGGGCGAGCACCACUCCGCAUCCCGCUCUCCGUAUCCCGCUGUCUGUAUCCGGCGCAUCGCGCGCCCCUGCACAGCACUCCGAGCAGCAUCCCGCGAACCGCACCCGCGCCCUCCGCACAGCACAGCGCAGCGAACUGCGCGGACCCUGCACAGCACCCCGCGCACUCGGCACCGCACGGCGCACAGCACCGCGCCCGGCACCCCGCGCACAUCGCACAGCGCACCCCGCACCGCACCCCGCACAGCGCUCCGCACCGCACGCCGCUCUCUGCCCCUCCGCCCCUCUCCGCCUGCCUCCGGCGCACACCGCCGGGAGCGAACAGCCGGCCACGCACCGGCUUUCCGCGCGGCUCCUCCGUGCUUUCCCGGCUUAUCGCGUGCUCGGCACCUUUCCCGGCCCGAGGAAGGGUUACCGCAGCCAGGCCGGCCCCGCCCAGCGGAGGGGCCCGGGGAGCGUCCCUGGGCUGGGCGAGCCGGCUCUCCCCGAGCAACUCCGCGACCAUCGCCCAUCACCGCUGCGCUUCUCCCUUGAAGGGAGCCCCCUAUUGUUCUCCACUUUACUUAGCCGAGCGAUUUAUUAUUUUUCUUCUCUUUCCAGGCUCAUCCGUACCCCAGCUGGCGUGUGCUGUGGAGGGAUUCCGGCACAGCCUCGUCGCGGCUCUCCUCGCAGCCUCGCUCCUUCCAGCGAGCGGCCGUAGGAAGCCGCCGGUGAUUUCUUCCUCUCCUUGCAUCAACUGGUCAGCUUUAAUGCGCUUCUGCUCCCCCCUCGAAGCAAACCUAAGUCUCUUUUAAUGAAUCCCUGGUCCCAGAGGUCAGAAGCUUGCAAACUUCGAAAUGCCAACGCCGGAUUUCCAUGCAGUUUGGGUCACUGAUUAAUUUUUUAUGACUUGA